CUGAUUCUGCUUGGUUUUCAAGUCGUUAGCUCGCAGCUAAUGUAAACGCUGGCGAUUUCUGCCUAUUUCCCCCUAUAAUACUGCCUAUAUCGCCAAGUAUUUCUCGAAGCAUAUCUACACUUUGCUAUCCUGCUGUCUACGACAGCUGCCCUGUAUAUGGGACGAUGAAUGGGCACCCUCCAUCAGCUGUGUGGAGAUGACCUGCCAGUCCUUUGGGAAUGGUCAGAAUGGGGCCAGAUGUGCCCCUUCUUAAUGAGUACAAGCAGGAGUUCUUCUGGAAGCGCUUCCCCCAGACAGUGUUGGGGGGUCCGCGCUUCAAGUUGGGCUACUGUGCCCCGCCCUAUGUUUAUGUCAAUCAGGCCAUCUUGUUCUUAACACCAUGGCUUUUUGGGGGCAUCGGUACUCUGCUCUGCCAGCUGCAGCUGCUUCAGGAGCUCCAUGCCACAGUGCUCUCUGGUUUGCUUAUGUUCGGGGCUGCAGCAGGUGUCCAGGCCCUGGCGUUGUAUGCUGCCAGAAGGAGUGGCACAGUGGAGAGACUUGGUGCCCCCAACAUCCUGGUUGAUGAAGAGGAAGUGGAAUUCACUCACUGUGUCAGCCCAGAGACAGUUCGAUUCAUUGCCCCUGGGAAGAGGUUUGGGCUGAAUGUGGUUCUGCACACGGUACUUGCAGGGGUGCUCUGUGGCUUUGGGACAUGGUAUGUGUUCCUUGGCAGACUGACAGCUCUCUAUGACAGCAUUGCUGUGUCCUUGGUCAUCUUUGUCCUGAGUUGGGUAACUCUGUGUAUAGCUGAGUACUCUCUCAUUGUAAAUACAGCCACAGAAACAGCUACUUUCCAAGCACAGGACACUUAUGAGAUCACCCCACUCACACGGCCCCUCUACAUUUUCAUCUUCAUUUGUGUGGACCUGGCUGAAAGGUUUGCAGGCCCUGUCCCUGAACUCCAGCUGGCAAGUCAGAUUCUCCAUGUGCUGUUUCUUUUUCUACCUCUCCUGUGGGCGCUUGGUAUACUGCCUCCCCUGGAUGCCCUGCUCCUCUGGGGAAUGGAGCAAGCGCUUGUGUUCGGCUUAGGAGGCUCACCCAUGUCCAGCAACCUCAGGCUGCUGUUGAUGUUUGGUGUAUCCUCUGGCGUAGCUGUGUGUAAUUACUUCAUCCCGUCUACUCUGGGUGUGGUUCUCUUCUGCAUCUCUAUGGGAUUUCUGCUGAGCCUGGACCUCAGCCAGGUUGGCACUCUCUGUAGAGGGCCCAGGGCUGCCUUUGGGGAUCGUGGAUUUCGCAGAGGGGGGUCACCACCUCCUCCUCCCUGUUCCUUUGGCUGGAAACUGGGCUGCAGGGAGCUGCUGCUCUAUUUGAGCCUGCUACUGGUGUCUGUGGCAGAGGGAGGGCUGUUGCAUCACUUCCUCGGCUCAGUUCAGUCCCAGAGCUUUGGUACAGGACCCCAGGCUCCUGUCAGCUACCUCCUCCUCGUACUCUUCUGCCUCUGUUGGGUUCUGAGAGAGAUCCAGGGGGCUUAUGUAUUUGGAGGGGUGUUCCUCAAUCCCUUGUACCCUAAAGGCAUGUCCAGUGUGCAGACUUUCAAGCAGAGGAGCAGAGGGCUGUAUGUUGCUGCGGCAAUCAGAAGAGUCCUUCUUUAUCUUGUGUCUCCAUUUGCAAUGAUUGCUUUCCUGUCUAUGGACAAAUCUCUGCAGCUGCUCCACAGGGUUUCUCUCAGUGUGGGAUUCACUCGAGCAUUUAGAGUGGUGUGGCAGAGUUCAGAGGAUGCUUUGCUGCAAAUGGUGGUGGUGAUCUUGGUGCGGCUUAUAGCUGGAAAUAACAUGUUGCAUGGGUGGGACCACCUUGGCACUGGAGUCCAACUUCUUCUGGUGGGCCUCCUGUUUGACAGACUGACCCAGUUCCUAGCGAAGCUAAAGUUCAGCCUGACUGUGUUGGUGACAUCAUGGACAGAGAAGAAGCAGCGUCGUCAGUCUGCUGGGACUCUCUUGGCUCUGAACGCCUCCCUGUGCCCACUGCUGCUGGCGGUGGUGGCCCUCUCUGCCCUGCUCUCUGCCCCUCUGCUUCCUCUCUUCACCCUGCCCAUCUUCCUGGUUGGGUUCCCCAGACCUCAGCGCAGUUGGCCAGGUCCCGUAGGUACCGCCUGUCCCUGCCCGGACUCAAUCUUCUAUCAGCAGAUGAGCGGGAGUCUGGCCUCGGCUCUGAGGAUGGCAUUUGCAAGAGGGUCACUGGGUUCCAUAGCCCCCGGCUCACAUUUUCUUGGCCGCUUUCAGGACCGAAUGGUUUGGAUAAUGAUCCUGGAGAGAGGAUACGGUUACUGUACAGUCAACAUUAAGGGUCUGGAGCUGCAGGAGACAUCCUGCCACACAGUGGAAGCCCGAAGAGUCGAUGAGGUAUUCGAGGCCGCUUUUGAGCGCCCGGAGCGGCUCGGUUUCACCCAGGGCUUUAACCUGCACUGGGGGAACGCCCUCACACCUUGUGCUGCUCUUGCAGUGCGAGUCUACUCUGAUGCUCGAAAUGUGCUCUCCGGUAUCAUCGACUCUCAUGACAACUUGAGGAAACUUCAGGAUGAUUUUCUUAAAGCUCUCGUCUGGUUGCUCCUCCGACACUGUGUGCAGAAACAUAAAGGAUUUCUGUGGAGCAGUGAAGAAGGGCCAGGGCUUGGAGGCAGGAAGUCCCAGUCCUCCCAGAUGGCACAGACUACUUGUAACCAGCCACCUGAGGUUGUCAUGGUGGAAUCUAAUGUUUCGUCUCUCAGGUUCAGACAGGACAGCUCUAGUUUGACCUCCUUCGGAGAUUGGUCUGACGAGGAUGACUUAUUCGGACCUCAACCAGCCAGGCGGACAGUGGCGUUAGUGACUGCAGAGGUCCAGCCUGGACACACAGCGCUGCAGACCGGGACGUCUCUGCCAGGGUCUGUGGAGAUGGACAGUCUCUUUGAAAACAUGGCUCUCUCUGCCCUGCAGCCACUGCAGCCUCUAGGUCUGGGCAUCGGGUUGCCAGCUGUGGACAAAGGCCGGAACCCAGAGGUCUUCAGAGAGAGUCCAGCCUCUCUCCCUCAGCUGAACUUCAGCUGCCCCCAGUCGGAGGUGUUUAACCUACCGACAGGGUGGAGGACAGCACCCUUACUCCGGUCCCGCUUGCUGCAGCUCAAGCCUUUGUUUCCUGAGGACUGGUUUCGCUUCACUUUGGGUCGCUUUGGGCCCACUGUGCAAGGCGAGACCUCAGAGGACAUGACCAAGGCCCUGAAGGAGGAUGAAACCUUGAAAGAGCUGCAUGCAAAGGUUGCACUAUCAUGUCUCAUCUCCCUGGGGGCGGAGUCUUCUUUCACCAGUCCCAGUUAUGUUUAUAGACUCUAUUGUGGAGACAUACCGUGGACGGAAGGACUCAACUGGCUCUCCUCAAGUAAAGAACUUUACCAGCUCGCUCUCCGUGCUUUCAGGUUCAGUUUUAAGCUACUGUUUGAUCAAGCGAGUCUGGGACCGGUGGAGUCCCCAGAGGAAUUGUUUAGCGUAUUGGAGGAAUAUGAAACAGAUUGGUACAUUGGUUUGGUGACGGAGAAAGGCUGGCACGACAGCGUCCUUCAGGAGAAACCCUUCUUAUUCUCUCUAGGACACGACCUCGCUAUGGGUACCUACACUGGGCGAGUCCUCUCCCUGCAGGAGCAGCUGGUGCAUUUAGGCCGUCUGAACGGGGAGGGGGUACGAGGACAGUGGGCCAACCUUUCCUGGGAGCUCUUGUAUGCUACUAAUGAUGACGAGGAGCGUUACAGCAUUCAGGCUCAUCCCUUCAUGUUAAGGAACCUUACUGUUCAGGCAGCAGAUCCCCCUCUAGGGUACCCCAUUUACUCCUCAGCCCCGCUUCACUUCCCCUGCCUCUGACUGGGGGCUGACCACAACAACCAGGCAAAAUGUCAAUUUCCAACGUUAAUGGUUCUUUUGGAGAUUAUUUUGGAAACAAUAUCUAAGUCAGGAGAAAACCAUUUUUGAACUUUUACUUGUACACUAUUGAGUCACAUGACUCGAGAAGAAUAAUGUCUGUAUGAGAAACAUCUUUGUUCUUUUUUUAUUUUCACUCAAAUUUGGACUUUGUUUAGGUGCUUAAUUUCCUACACGGCAAAGGAUGAAGCAGUGGCAUCACCACUGCGCUCUUGUAGAAGUUAUCAGACUUCGACUGGAAAUGUGGACUACCUCCAAGAACAGCACAUUCAAGAAAAUAAUUCCCAUUUGUAUUUUGAAAGAGCACCCAUGUUUUAUGAUUUGUUUAUUGAUGUUUGUGCUUUAAAAAGAAGGCACCUGCUGUAUACCUCUGGUUUUAUCGUGCUUUUAAGAUUUCUAAUUUUUCAGGUGAUAUCCCUCCAACGUCCACAAACACAGGAGAAUCAUUUUAAUGUUUUGAUAUCAAUGAUGUGCCUUGCGUAUGUCUUACUGUGUGUGUGAAGUGUUUAGUGCUCUUAUGUUUACAAUUCACUUGUUUACAACUGAAUAUGAAAAGUUCAAUGAUUUUGUCCAUAGUCUCUUGUACAUUGAUUUUAUAUGUGGAACUGUACAUACUUCUAAUAAAACAGCUUGGCAGAAGCUCA